AUGACACGUCAGGAACAUCUUCCCUGGGCUCUCUUUCUGCUGCUACUUCGCCUUUGGAAUAUCGUUUCCGGUCAGAUUGUUUAUUCGGUUUCAGAAGAGGCAAACCAAGGGACCACCGUGGGGAAUUUAGGAAAAGAUUUGAACCUCAAUAUACAAGAACUGGAAUCUCGAAUGUUGCAGAUUGUACCCGGAUCCAACGAGAGGUAUUUCGGGGUAAAUGUAAAGACUGGGAUUCUGUACGUGAGAGAGAGAAUAGACAGAGAGGAGCUGUGUGCGCGACAGACGAAGUGUUCUUUGCCUCUUGAAGCCAUUGUUAAUUCGCCAAUGCAUCUGUAUCGCUUUGAAGUCAAUAUUUUAGAUGUGAAUGACAAUUCCCCCAUAUUUGAUUCAGCGAUCGAAUAUCUGAAUAUUUCAGAGUCAGCUUUUCAGGGGGAGACGUUCAAUUUACCAAGCGCCUAUGACGCAGACAUGGGUAGUAACUCUGUAAAGAGCUAUAAGCUGAGUCCAAAUGAACACUUCUCUCUGGAUGUACAGAGCGGCGGAGACCAGAGUGUGUCUGCUGAGCUAGUGCUGCAGAAAGCUUUAGACCGAGAGAAACAGUCUGUGAUUCAGCUCCUAUUGACUGCUGUUGACGGAGGAAAACCUCCCAGAUCCGAGACAUUACAGAUCAUUGUUAAUGUGCUGGACGUUAAUGACAACGUCCCUGUAUUCAGCAAACCUCUUUACAAAGUCAGUAUUUCCGAGAAUGCGCCAUUCGGAACAUUGGUAACCACAGUCAAUGCCACGGAUUUGGACGAAGGCUUAAAUAGUGAAAUUGUGUAUUCUUUCAUAAAUCACAAUAAUGAUAAUAACGUCGAUGUUUUUGCUAUUAAUCCGGAGACGGGUGAAAUAACUGUUACGGGUGAAGUGGAUCACGAGUCUAACGGCGCAAUUGAGAUCCGUGUCCAAGCGAAGGACAGAGGACAUAAUCCCAGAGCAGCUCGUUGCAAAGUGCUCGUAGAAAUAACAGAUUCCAAUGAUAAUUCUCCCGAAAUAUCAGUGACAUCUCUUAUUAACACCGUUAAAGAGAAUGCUGCAGUUGGGACAAUGGUCGGAUUAGUUACCGUUAGUGAUAAAGACGAUGGUAAAAACGGUGUAGUGCACUGUAAAAUAUCUCCCUCUGCUCCUUUUAAACUGCAGCCUUCCUAUAAGAACUAUUACUCUUUAGUAGUAGACGGGCAGCUUGACAGAGAGCGCGCUUCUCAGUAUAAUGUCACCAUCACUGCUACUGAUGAAGGGACCCCGCCUCUCUCCAGCACCAGUGUUAUUAGUGUACACGUUUCUGAUGUCAAUGACAACUCGCCGUACUUUCCGGAGCCCGUGAUAAAUAUGUAUCUGAAAGAGAACAGUCCAGUGGGAACUGUCAUUUACACUGUAUCUGCUUUUGAUCCGGACUUAAAUGAAAAUGCCAAAGUUGCGUAUUCAUUAUUGGUUAUGUCCACGAAAGACGCGUCUCCGUCACCAAAGGUCAACGUGAACUCUUUCAGUGGUGACAUAUCCAGUCUGCAGUCUUUUAACUUCGAGGAAGUUAAAACGUUCCAGUUUCAAGUCCAGGCCACAGACUCUGGUGUUCCUCCACUAAGCAGCAGCGUGACAGUGAACGUUUUUAUCCUGGAUGAGAAUGACAACAGCCCUGUGGUUCUCCCGCCCUAUUCUGGCCAGGGCUCGGUUAAUACUGAGAACAUUCCCUAUUCUGCUGAAGCGGGCUACUUUGUGGCCAAGAUCAGGGCUGUAGACGCAGACUCUGGUUACAAUGCGCUGCUUUCUUAUCACAUCACUGAACCCAAGGGCAGCAGCCUCUUCCGAAUCGGAAGCAGUAACGGGGAAAUAAGGACUAAGAGGCGAAUGAGUGACAAUGACUUGAAGACUCAUCCAUUGGUGAUUUUGAUUUCUGACCAUGGAGAACCUUCCCUCUCAGCGACCGUGUCCAUUGACGUUGUGGUUGUUGAAGAUGGUAGUGAAGUAGGCCUACAUACGUCAUUCAGACAGCUGCCUGCCAAGGAGGAGAGUUUUUCCGAUUUGAAUCUAUAUUUACUGAUCGCCAUUGUGUCGGUGUCAGUUAUAUUUUUGCUGAGCCUCAUUAGUUUAAUAGCUGUAAAGUGCCACAGGACUGAUGGCGGGUUGAGCAAGUACAGCGCUCCAGUGAUCACCACACACCCUGACGGGAGCUGGUCUUACUCCAAAUCUACUCAGCAGUAUGACGUGUGUUUUAGCUCAGACACACUGAAGAGUGACGUUGUGGUUUUCCCUACGCCAUUUCCGCCUGCUGAUGCGGAGCUCAUCAGUAUUAAUGGAGCAGAUACGUUUAAACGCAACCAAACACUGCCUAACAGCGAGAAGGUAAGAAAAUUUGCAUACAUAUUUUUAAAUACCUUUGUCAGAAUAUAUUCCAUGGGAUUUAGUCUUUAA